CCAUGCCAGACUCAGCUGUUGGAGAUCUACUGGGGCUCGCAUCGCCGGACGCGCCGGCGCCGGUUGCGACUGAGGAGAGCGUCAAGCCGGAAAGAAGCGCGACCGUUCGCUACCUAUACCACGAGCCGCAGCUGUCUUCGCUUUGCGGUGUGCAUGCGCUCAACAAUCUGCUGCAGGGUCCAUACUUCGGGGCUGGCGACCUCGGUGAAAUUGCGGCACGCGUCGAGACUCGAGAGCGCGAGAUCCUCCACGACGCGGCGCUGGCAGAGCGCUCCGCCUCGAGUGGCCAUGUGGACGCGAACUUUGGCGACUUCUCGAUCGAAGUGUUGUCGGCGGCCCUCGAGGGUCACGGGCUGCGGCUGCUCAACAUUGCCUCGUCCGAGGUGGUGGUCCAGAUCGCCUCCUCCCCCGAGCACGAGGAGGGCUAUCUCUGCCACCGAGGCUCGCACUGGUUUGCGCUGCGCAGCAUUGUCGGCCUUUGGUUCAACGUCGACUCGCGGCUGGAGCGUCCUCGCCUGCUCUCGGACCAGGAGCUCUGCGACGGCGUCCGGAGCCUCCGCGACGGCGGCCACACGGUCUUUGCGGUGCGGGCGGCGCCGGUUCUUGACGUGCUGGCCGACGACGCACAGCGGGUCGAGGGCAGCGAGCCGGCCCGAGCGGGCGCGCUGCCGCUGCCUUCUCAGCCGCACGGCGGCGCCGGGCUGGAGACGGUGUGGCACCCUCUGGAGUACGUCGUCGCGGCGGCCGGCACCGACGGGGCCGUUCUUGCCGGCAGUACCCUACCAAGCCCGCUCCCCAACUCCGACCCCGAGACGCUGGCGGCGGCGGAGGCCGCGGCGAUCGCCGCUUCGGAGGAGAAUGCGGGCGAGCAGGCCGACUUGGAGAUGGCGCUGGCGCUGGCCCACGCUGAUGCGGAGGAGGCUGCGGCGGUGGCGGCGGCGGCCGAGGCGGCCGCCGCGGCUGCUGCGGAGGAGGCGGAGGCGAGGAGUGUGGCCGGUCGCUCCCGCGCACUCCUCUCGAGCAUCGGGGCCGCGAUCUCGACGCGAUCUCGACGUGGCGUGCCGCCGCCUCCGCCUCCGCCUCCGCCGCUGCCGAGAGGGUGGGAGACGCACCUGGCGCCCGACGGGCAGCGGUACUACCACCACCGCCCGAGCGGCACGACGACAUGGCAGCGACCGCUCGACAUGGGCGGCGGCCUCGGCGGCGGCGGCGGCGGCGGCGGCGGCGGCGGCGGCUUCGGCGCGGCUUCGUCGAGGCUCGACCCGCGCCGCGGGGGCGCGGCCACGGAUGCGGACGCAGCGCUCGCUUGGGCGAUGCAGCAGUCCCUUCAAAGCGCCGGCGUGGGUCCAGCGCCGCCGGCGCGUGCCCCCGCCGACGCCGGGGCGCCGACGGCCACGGCGCGGCCGCCGCCUGCCGCUGCGCCGCUACCGUCGCCACUCAUUGACUUGGACAUGGACUGA